AUGAGCGAGAUGGAGACAGUCGCCGAAGUAUUCAUUUUCGGUGAUCAAACGGUAGCAUUCGAGUCGACGCUACACAUGUUGCUGCACGUGAAGGACGAUGCAGUUCUCACUGACUUCUUUGAUCGCGUUGCGUACCAGUUGCGGCGACAUGUCGGGAAUCUCCCCUUGCAUCAGCAAGAAUGGUUCCCUUACUUUACUACCCUCAUUGACUUGCUAGCCCAGCACCAAAACUGCCAGGCGGCUCCAGCAUUAAAGUUGCCCCUGUUAUGUGCGACGGAGCUUGGCCAAUUUAUUAGGCAUUAUGGACAAGCAGGAAGAACAUACCUUGCACCAGAAAGUACCUUUCUAAUUGGGGCUUGCACGGGGGCUUUUGCAGCAGCAGCAGUUGCAACUUCCCAAACUUUGGCAGAGCUUGUUCCUGCUGCGGUUGAAGCCGUCACCGUUGCGUUACGGACAGCGCUGCGAUCACUGAUCCUGCGAAUUGACCUUGAAUCUACUGUACAUGAAUCACAGAAAUCAUGGUCCGCUAUUGUAGGGGCCUGUGAGCCUGAAGCAGCAAGUGCAAUCCGGAGCUUCAACAUUGAGAAGGGGCUGCCUCCUGUAGCUCGUCUAUACCUCAGCUCAGUCAGUCGAACGAAUGUUUCGAUUAGCGGGCCUCCACGCCUUCUGGGCCAGUUCCUUUUAUCAUGUGCCUGGAAGCACUCGUUACUUCCUAUUGAACUGCCAUACCACGCGUCGCAUCUCUUCCGGAAGGACGAUGCAGAAUUUAUUGUGGGCGAAUUCCACGACUUCUCACUGCUGAAGUACACGCAACGGACCAAGGUUGUUUGCGCCGUUUCUGGCGAAGUUGUUGCAGCGUCUGACCUGCGCAGUCUGCUGCAUCGAGCUGUCCAGGAAGCCCUCUGUGAGCCUCUCCAGUGGAAUUGCAUUACUGCAUCUCUUUCUCAGGAGUUAAGGCAGGGCCAGUUUACAGAAUGCGUGAUCAACCAAGUCUCAUCGCGAAGCGGAUCGCUCAUCAGCUCAGCUUUAUCACAAGAAGCAUUUCUCGGAGUCAAAAUCGUGCAAUCUAUAGGAGAUGUUGCCGUGUCACCUAUCUCGAGCCCAACUGGCAAAUUCUCUCAAUCAAGCAUUGCCAUUAUUGGGUUCUCUGGACGCUUCCCGGAAUCUGGCUCUAAUGAGGAAUUCUGGGAGAUGCUUCUGGCUGGUCGAGAUGUACAUCGCACCAUUCCCGAGGAUCGGUUCGACUGGAAGGCCCACUACGAUCCCACUGGCAAGACAAAAAAUACCAGUCGCGUGAAGUAUGGAUGCUUUAUCAAAGAGCCUGGGGUGUUCGAUGCUCGCUUUUUCAAUAUGUCUCCUCGGGAGGCCGAGAAUGCAGAUCCGGCACAGCGAUUGGCCAUCACUACGGCAUAUGAGGCAAUGGAGAUGGCGGGGCUGGUGCCAAAUGCGACACCGUCCACCCAAGGGGAUCGCAUCGGGGUGUUUUAUGGGGUGACGAGUGAUGACUGGCGUGAGGUCAAUAGCGGGCAAAAUGUUGACACAUACUUUAUCCCGGGGGGAAAUCGUGCCUUCAUUCCCGGAAGGAUCAGUUAUUUCUUCCGGUUCUGUGGCCCUAGCCUGAGUAUCGACACGGCAUGCUCAUCCAGCUGCGCGGCUAUUCAAACAGCGUGUGCCUACCUAUGGCGAGGUGAAUGCGACACAGCCCUGGCUGGAGGCGUGAAUGUGUUGACGAACCCUGAUAACUUCUGUGGACUGGAUAGGGGCCACUUUCUGACGGCUAAAGGCAAUUGCAAUGCUUUUGAUGAUGAAGCGGACGGAUACUGUCGCUCAGACGCCGUUGGUACCGUUAUUCUCAAACGCCUAGAGGAUGCUCUGGAGGAUAACGAUCCCAUCUUUGGAGUCAUCCGUGGUGCAUACACCAACCAUUGUGGUCGAACAGACUCCAUCACCCGACCUUUUGAAGGCGACCAAGCGACUGUGUUCAAUCGGAUCAUGCGAUAUGCUGGAGUCAACCCCGAAGACGUGGGUUACGUGGAAAUGCACGGCACUGGAACCCAGGCCGGGGAUGCCACUGAGAUGAAGUCGGUGCUAUCUGUAUUUGCGCCUCAUGUGCGCAGACAGAACGCUCUGUACUUGGGUACAGCAAAAGCUAAUAUGGGCCAUGCUGAGUCUGCUUCCGGAGUUUCUUCCUUGAUAAAAGUGCUACUGAUGAUGCGAAAUGAUAUGAUCCCACCGCACUGUGGCAUCAAGACUCGGAUAAACCAUACCUACCCAAAUGACCUAAAACAGCGCAAUGUGCAUAUUCCAUUCAAACCCACACCUUGGCUUCGUGAACAGAUGCCGCAAUUCAAGCGAACAGUGUUCUUGAAUAACUUCAGCGCAGCAGGAGGUAAUACCGCCAUGCUCCUCGAGGAUGCACCAAUUCGAGAGAGCAAGUUGGCUGCGGAUCCUCGCUCCAAGCACCUAGUGACAGUGACAGCGAAAACCAUCAAAUCUCUCAAGGGGAACAUCAGUACUCUAAUAGCAUAUUUGGAGCAACACCCGGGUAUAUCCUUGUCGUCUUUAUCCUACACCACCACUGCCCGACGUAUCCACCAUAGCUAUCGAAUCAUAGUGUCCGGCUCUGAUACAGGGGAAUUCCUACACCGGAUGCAAGAGAUUUUGCCGGGAUUGGAGAGCCACAGACCAGUUCCUCCACCGGGAAAGCUGCCAAACAUUAUUCUGACGUUCACCGGACAGGGCACCCUCUAUGUCGGUAUGGGCAAACAGUUCUACGACACGGUACCCUCGUUCAGGGCAGACGUCACGAGGUUCAAUGAAAUCGCAAGCCAAAUGGGCUUUCCAAGCUUCUUGCCUCUUAUUGAUGGCACCAUGAUCAACCAUCAGGAAGCAUCGCCCACCGUAGCCCACCUCGCCUUGGUCUGCAUUCAGAUGGCACUAUACAACUACUGGAAGUCUCUAGGGAUAAUACCAUCGGCAACCAUUGGCCACAGCCUCGGCGAAUACCCUGCACUGUAUGCUUCGGGUGUUCUUACAGCCUCGAGUGUAAUAUAUUUGGUGGGCGCUCGGGCUACCUUGCUGGCGGAGAAGACCACCCCACGGACUCAUGCCAUGCUGGCGGUGAAGGGGUCCGUAGAUUGUAUCCAGGGCGAGCUACAGAAUACUGGGUGCGCUCUGGCUUGCCUGAACCAACCUUUUAGCAAUGUUGUGAGCGGAUCGAUCAAAGCGUUGAUGCAGUUGAAGGACUGGCUCACGUCUCGUGGCAUUGAAAGUGUCCAGCUUGAUAUACCAUAUGCCUUUCACUCCGCACAAGUGGAUCCGAUCCUAGAUGACUUCAUGGCGAUCGCUGCGGGUGUUCAGUACUGCGUUCCAUCAAUUCCAUACAUCUCACCUCUUCUGAGCAGGGUCAUUCCAACUGGCCAGCCAAAUAUAUUGGGAGCUUGCUAUUUGAAAAACGCAUGUCGUGAGCCAGUCAACUUCCAGGGUGCUGUCGAAGCAGCAGAGAAGACUGGUCUAGUCAACGAGAAAACCAUAUGGGUGGACAUUGGCUCGCACCCGGCCUGCUCAGGCAUGGUAAAGGGCAUACUGGGUGCAAAAAGCGUCACAGUUGCAUCGCUCCGGAAAGGCUCAGAUCCCUGGAGUGUGCUAUUGGCAAGCCUAGAAGUCCUUUACUCCCAUGGUAUUGACAUCCAGUGGGCCGAGUAUCAUCGCGGGGUUGUUGGUGCUCGCGAGGUCCUCCAACUGCCGCGGUAUGAUUGGGAUCUGAAGAAUUAUUGGAUUCAAUACAGGAACAACUUUUGUCUCUUGAAAGGUGAAGGCUUGGCUCCUGCGGAACAGCAAGCAGUGUUGCCGCAUAUGGAGUCUCCGCGCAUUCCCCAGUAUCUUUCUCCAUCUGUCCAGAGAAUUCUCGAGCAGAAUGACGGCCCAGAAAUAUCUACCCUCUUAGCUGAGUCAGAUAUUCACGAGGCAAGGCUGGCGCCAAUAUUGGCAGGUCAUGUUGUUAAUGGCGCGAUGCUAUGUCCAUCGUCACUCUAUGCCGAUAUUGGUAUAACUAUCUCGAAGCACAUGCUGGAGGAAAUUGGAAAAUUCACCGAUACAGUUGGACUAGAUGUCACUGACAUGCAGGUGCAAAACCCAUUGAUCUCUCGACCAGACACUGAAUCGCAAGUCUUCCAUGUGUCUGCAUCGGCAGACUGGAAAAUAAAUAGCAUCUCCUUCCGAUUGUACAGUGUCAACGGCAGGGGUAAAAAGACUGUCGAGCACGCUGCAUUUGUGGUGCACAUUACCGAGCAGGUUCAGACAUGGUUGACUGAAUGGAAACGUCAUGCACAUUUGGUACGGAGUCGAAUUGCCUCCCUACAUCGCAGCGCGGAAGAAGGCGACGCGCACAAACUCAAGCGACGCCUGGCAUACCAGUUGUUCGCCACUCUCGUGCAAUAUGAAAAAAGCUACCAGGGGAUGCAGGAGGUUGUUUUAGACUGUGACAAUCAUGAAGGCACUGCCAAGGUAUCCUUCCAGAUCGACGAUAACGGCUUCGUGUUCAAUCCGUGCUGGAUAGACAGUCUUGGGCAUAUUGCUGGAUUCAUCAUGAAUGCCAGCGAUGCUACUCCUUCCAAAGAGCAGGUCUUUAUUAACCAUGGCUGGGAGCGUAUGCGAUGCGCCGUGCGGUUUGACAAAGGAAAGCAGUACCAAGUGUAUAACCGAAUGCAGCUGGAGACGGGGACAACCUACGUGGGUGACACAUACAUAUUUGAGGGAGAGACAGUAGUGGCAGUGUAUCAAGGGAUUCGAUUUCAAGGGGUCCCUCGACGACUUCUCGACCGACUACUGCCGCCCAAGUCGCAGUCGCGCCUCGCAGAGAGGAAUCAGGAAGUGCACCCUACAACAGCACCCGUCAACAAUCAACCGGUAUGCCGAAGAGCUGGUUCUCCAUCUGUACCACUAGCUCCAGCUCCACAGCCCAAGGCGCCGGUAGGUUCGUCGGGUGGUAUCGCAGAGCGUGUAAUGGCCAUCAUUGCCAAAGAAGCGGGCGUCGAUCUAUCAGACUUGGGGGCUAAUGAAGAGUUCGCCAACCACGGGAUUGACUCGUUGCUAUCACUGACCAUCUGUGGUCGUAUUCAAGAGGAGCUGGAUGUUGAUGUUCCAUCUUCGUUGUUCGUAGACUAUCCCACUCCUAAGGAUCUGGUCGGUUUCUUUGGUGUGGAGGAUGACUCUUCUCAGCACACAUCCUCCUUGGAAGGAAGCACCGAGGACGACACAUCAAGCUACGAGACGGUUGCGACUUCAGAGCACGAGUCGGAUGUGUCUGUAUUGGAGAUUCUCCGGACAACGAUCGCCCAGGAAGCGGGCAUAUCAACCGAUGAGCUGACACCGACCACGGCGUUUACUGAUAUCGGCGUGGACUCAUUACUCGCCCUUACCAUUGUGAGCACCAUGUCAGAGACCUACGACAUAACCCUGCCUUCAAAUAUGUUAAUGGAGAAGGUGAACCUGGAAGAGGUCGGAAAUGCACUUGGUCUUGAAGUGAGCCCGAAGACUUCCUCACAGCAUUUGAUGCUUCCUACGCCCGCUUUCGAUCUAUCUGUUGGUCCACAAGCCACUUCCAUCUUGCUGUGGGGUAAGCCCAAGACAGCUAAAAAGAUACUAUUCCUCUUCCCGGAUGGGUCAGGAUCAGCCACAUCCUACUCUGCCCUUCCCAAGCUUGGCAACGACACAGCUGCGUAUGGGCUGAACUGCCCAUGGAUGAAGACACCGGAGCAGAUGACAGUCAGCCUCGAGGAACUGACAGCAAAGUACCUUUUGGAAGUACGUCGACGUCAGCCGAACGGUCCAUACUAUUUGGGCGGUUGGUCCGCUGGAGGAAUCUGCGCGUACGAAGCUGCCCGCCAGCUCGCGCAAGACGGUCAGACUACGGCCAAGCUAAUUCUAAUCGACUCACCUAACCCAAUCGGUAUGCAGAAUCCCCCGAAGAGAAUGUACGACUUUUUCCAAAGCAUCGGACUCUUCGGGACCAGUGGCAAGCCACCACCUGAUUGGUUGAUCCCGCACUUCAAUGCCUUUAUCCGGUUGCUGGACGCAUAUCGGAUCCAACCACUUGGAGCGUCCAUCGAGACUCACAUAGUGUACGCACGCGACGGAAUCUGCAAGGAUGCUGGUAGCCCUCGGCCGGAGCGCCGGCCAGAUGACCCGCGUGAGAUGGUCUGGUUGAUUGAGAAUCGGACGGACUUUAGUGGGGAUGGGUGGGCAUCGCUGUUAGGAAGGCCAGACCUCCAUAUCGAGGUCCUGAGCCAGGUCAAUCAUUUCUCGAUGAUGGAUCCAGGGAAGCAUAUGGAAGCGUUUGAGGGGUUUCUUCGCCGGGCUUUGCUGUAG